ACCAAACCCGCUCCUUGUAAUCUGUAAACAUCUUCAAGAUGUUAUAUUGUGGUGAGGGACAUCAAGAGCUUCGUCACGUCUCGAAAAUGAUUUAGCUCAAGGAAAACAUUCGUUAUCAACAAUUUACAUAAAGAUUUCAACCCUCUUCAUGUGAAAAUCUCACACGUUCCCUAUGAGCAUCGUUUUAAGAUGCUCCCAUGCCCCUAGUGAAGUAUUGCCUGAAGAAUUCAACGUGUUGCGAGACCGCCAUUCUUGAUACCCUAGAAGAUGUCGAGGGGUUACGGUGAUAUAGGGACACCCUGCCCUACAGAAUGGAAACGAGGCAGCAAAUCGCCCUUGAGUAGCAGCCGGAAUAUUUAUGACCUCGAUGAUGAGCUUGGACUUUAUGAUGAUGAUACUGCCGCAAUCGACUUUACUACUGACUUCCGUGCCCCAUUGACAAGAGUUAAACCGAGAAAGGGGGGAAAGGCAAAAGCAUUUGAUAUUCACGAAGAUGGGCUUGAUAACUUGGGGCUUGGGCAGGGCAAGCAAACCGAACCAAGCCAGCGUACAAGGGUUAAACCUAUAAGUAAAAGCUCGUCGAUGUUGUCACAACCAGCCCAAAGAUUCCAACGGCCUAGGGUUAGCUUCGCCGAUGUAGCAUCAGCUAAGCUUGACAAGCCCACUGUGCAACGACAGAACCCUCCACAACCUCAGAAAUCCCCUGUUAUAAAUAGGCGCAUUGGGAAGCUGAAAGAGGAGCAGCCAACAGCUGCGACUGAUGACCCUCUGAAGAAGGCAAUUAGGAGAAGAACCAUUUACAUCCCUCCGGAAGACACUACCAUUCCCUCCGUUUUCAUGGGCAUAUUCAGUCCAGUCAAAACUCUAAAUCCUUCUGAGGAAAAGGACAACGCAGUUGGGCAUUCUGACAUAGACAGCUUGGAAUCCAAGAUUUCUCGAAAACGGCCGGGAAGGAAGUCAUUCGCUGUCGCUCCCCGACGUGCACCCCUUCAGCCUUCAUUAAAACCGAUGCAGGAGUCUAGUGUCAAACAUGAUAUAGCAGGUCAGAACGGUGGAAAGGAAAAUAUACCUCCAGGUGGAUUAAUUGUUCCUGGCGACAAAUAUAAGAAAUCUAAAGGAAUAGAUUUCCCUGUUUUUGAUGUGCCACGUACUGAAAAAAGGAAGAGCAUAUGUACCGUGGAGCCUGUCAAAAGAUCUACACCGACUGUUAAGCCAACGGCGAGGACGAAGCCUGAAACGCGGCGAAAUUCUCAACCCACUGACAGGAAGAUACUCGGCAAUAAACCAAACGUGGCCGUGAAUUCAAAGGCAAGCCUGCGAGAAAAAAGCGCCUCCAACCCCAAGGUUACCUUGAAGGCUCGCCGGAGCCAGGGCACAGGGCCACAGCUCUCUCCACCUGCCCCUAAGCCGCCAACGAUAAGAAAGCCUCCAGUACCAAAAGGACCUCCAACGAAACUUACGGUUCCCAGCGUUCCUCCGUUGACGAUCGAUCAGAAAUACCCUCUAUUAACUGAAGACAUAUCUAAUCCCGCUAUGUAUGAAGAGAGUUGGCUUGCACAUCAAGAGGCGGCAAUCACCCAACUUGUGAAUGGUCUCUUUGACUCUGCACGAGAAAACUCAGGCCAACAUGAUAGUGACGCCCUUAGACACGAACUUUUGGGGAUCUACCAAGAACCCUCUUUCUCCCUCCUAUAUAAACGAGUUCACGCAUCUAUCGAAUAUGGGGCGUUGGGGGUACCUAAGGAUGUUUUGGCUCGUGCAAAUGGUUUGAAAGAGGAUAUCGGACGAAAACGCGCCUUCCUCAAUUUUUGGAUGGAAACUUAUGACCUUUCUGCGCUUCGAGCCGCUGCGGAAACAGUAAUAGGUCGAAGGAUACCCGUUCCAAAUCGACCGAGUAGACCCAGCAAUUCCACAAUUUCCGCUUCGCCAAGGGGAGACAGACAAUUCCGUCGUACGAUAGAGUCAUUUUUGGAAACGUUUAUUCUACGAAAUGAAGAUGUUGGCGUUGGUACUGCUGCUGGUAUAAGUGGUGAGGAUGCCGGUACGCCGCGUUGGUCUUACCGAAGAACUCUUUUGCGCAGUAUUAUGAUAAUUGUGCUCCUCGAUAGGGCAAGGUCUAGUUCAGAAACUACAUUGCCGCGAUGUUUGUUUACUCCGUCGUCAAAGUAUAAGUCAUCAGCAGCUGUCCUCCAGGGGCUGGGGAACAUGCUGCUUCCGUCUGUUGGCGACAUUAUCCGGCCACUAAGUCACCUUGACUGCCAGGUAGUCUACAAACAACACCCUCUACAAGAAUACGAUUAUCGCAUUAAUAAUCUUGCUGUGGAUCUUCGAGAUGGCAUACUUCUUACGAGGUUAGUAGAGCUACUUCUAUACCCGUCUGCAUCGGCUCUACUCUCCCAGCAACGUGACCUUGAUGCCACGAGUACACUUACCAUGCCAACUGGGGAAGUUAUAUCUCUAUUAGAAGGAGAAGAAGACUGGAUACUUUCUCAGCAUUUAAGGCUGCCCUGCAUUGGUCGGGCGACGAAACUAUUCAACGUGCAAAUCGCACUAAGCGCUCUAUCAGGCCUUCAGGGCAUUGGUAUCAUAGUCAAAGAUAUCCGUGCGGAGGAUAUCGUUGAUGGAUACCGAGAAAAAACCAUAGCGCUGCUCUGGGGCCUUGUUGGGAAAUGGGGGCUGUCUGGUUUGGUGGACUGGGACGAUGUUAGAAAAGAAAUUCGACGCCUGGAAAAAAAGAAAGAAGCAACUUGGGAAAGUAGCCGAGGUGGACACGAAUUUGGAGAUCGUGAUGAAGAACUAGAAGAAGAAGAAGAAGAAGAAGAAGAUUUUGAUGCAGGUUAUGAGAGGUAUUCGUUCCUUCUCAAGAGAUGGGCAUCGUGUGUUGCACGACUUAGGGGUAUUCGACUCGAUAACUUAACAACGAGCUUUGCUGACGGGCGCAUUUUCGCGAUCAUCGUCGAUGAGUACGAAAGCUUUAUUGUUGGGGAGGAGAAGAGAUUAAGCUGCUCAACUAGUUUGGACAUGAGACUUCGGUCUUUGGGUUGUAGCAGUCAAUUCGCCUCCCUUGUGGCUCCAGCACCUUCAUCUCCCUCUUGCGCAUCCUCAUCUCACUUUUUUGAUCGAGAUUUCACCCUCGCAGCUCUCGCUUUUCUUUGCAGCAGGCUUCUACCCGCCUCAAAAAGGGUCCGGGCAGCAAUUGUUCUACAGACAGCCUGGAGACGAACACUUGCCCAACGCCAACUUCAACAACGCCUCGUCGCUGCAAAGGUUGCAACGGAAUGCAUGGCGGUUGUUCAGGAGAGAAAUAGGGUAAUAUGGGCAAAAGGGGUUAUUAUCCGCUGGUGGAGGCGUGUCAGGGAUAACCGGACAAGGAAUUUCCUCGCACGGAAAACUCGGGCUGUUGAGAAAUAUCCAGCAAGGAAAUUAACAACAACCAUAACACAUCCUCAUCACCCUAGAAACAAGACAGCGUCGAGAGGACGGAGGAGUGCCAAAGUUGCUUUCGCGGAGGAUGUUGUCCUGGAUGAUGAUCCUCGAUAUGGGCGGUUGGCGGAAGGGAAUCUUCAUCAACCUAUAGAGUCUGAUCUUUGGCUUGAUCUUUGAUCUGAAGCGGGACCGCCAAAGGCCCUUUUAUCAUUGUUACACUCGUUUUUUUAUAUAUCUAUACUUUUUCCUUUCUCUUUAUAGCGCUAGCGAAUAUGGGGAGGGGCGUCUUGGGUGGUACGGUCGUUUUACCAAAGCGCGGGGGGUUUGGCUUUGCUUUCCUGCACACACAUCACAAUAACAUUCAAUCGUAAACACAUACAGAUUAGUAUACCCUAGGAACAGCUUUACACAUUUUAAAUACCCCUUUUCAGGAGAGGAAAUGGCUUUACAUGCUCGAUAAUCUACCAUGAGCACAUUUCCCAAUUGAAGGGGCUGCCCCACUCAAAAAGAACGGCCUCAACUUCAUAGUAUGACUCAACUGUUGACAUGAGAAUAUUAUUAUACAAGCAGACUAUACAGACUAGAGUGACAACAGUUUUUAUUUCUUAGUUAUCUUCAGCAAUAUUAGUUACAAGAGCAGAAGAAGAGAGAUUGUAUGUGUGAUAAGUAGACUGAU